AGGCGCCCGUGGUCGGGUUGCUUCCCGCGUGCCCCGCAGGGCUCGGGACUGUGGACGGUCGGAGUUCUGCUGGGUGGCAGUGGCGGCCGUAGGUUGGCGCCUCCUGUUGACCGGGAGCAGCCUCUGGGGCUGGAAGCCGAGAGGGCUGGGAGGGCCUGGACUUCCGCCGCGGUCGAGCAUCAGGGCCAGUGGCCAGCGGCCCUCGUGUGCCCCAGGGCUCUGAGGAGCAAUGGCAGCUAUGGGCAGCCCACUUGGCCUGCUGUGGCAGAAGGCCAUGAAGACGGCUGUCCCUAUGUGCCGCUGCCUGCACAUGUCCCCUCCGUGGGCCGACAGUAGCAGGGCCUCUCUCUGUCGCCUACGCCGUCAGGUCUAUGCACGACUCUACCCUGUGCUGCUCGUCAAGCAAGAUGGCUCCACCAUCCACAUCCGCUACCGGGAGCCACGACGAAUGCUGGUGAUGCCGUUGGACCUGGACAGCCUGCCUCCUGAGGAACGCCGGGUCCGGCUGCGCAGGCGUGAGGCUCAGCUGCGGCCAAAGGAAGAGAAGGACCCAGAGCUGCAUGAUGACUUUGAUGUGGAACGGUACAGACAGUUUUGGACCAAGAAGUGAAACCUGACUUAAAGCCACCUAAAGAUGUGAUGAGGGUGUCAGAGAUCCCUGUCUGUACAAGACACAUUCUCUGAGCCAC